UUGGAGUGGGUGGAGAUCAUUGAACCACGCACACGGGAGCGCAUGUAUGCCAACCUGCUGACGGGCGAGUGCGUCUGGGACCCCCCGCAGGGAGUGUGCAUCAAGCGGACUGGUGAAAACCAGUGGUGGGAACUGUUUGACCCCAACACCUCCCGCUUCUACUACUACAAUGCCUCCACCCAGAGAACGGUCUGGCACAGGCCUCAAGGCUGUGACAUAAUCCCGCUGGCCAAGCUUCAGACCUUGAAGCAGCACACAGACACCGCCGCCCCGCGCUCCGCCGCUGCUGGGGAAGGGAGAGGGUCCGUGGACAACAGCCCGGGGCGUAACAGCGGGGUGAGCCGAGAAGGAAGCACGUCCUCCUCCCUUGACCAGGAGCUGGGUGAGAAGCCGGGCUGCAAAGAAGAGGCUGAGCGGACCUCCUCAUUCCGCUGGAACACAGGAACAAAGGAGCGGAUGCUCAUCAAGGUGACCGACAGAGAGCCAAGCUUUUUGGCUCAUCAGGGAAAUGGCUACUCGCCCUGUGAAUCCCCGACCCCUGGAGGGGGCGGUACCCUGAGAAAUCGCCAUUCGUCAGGAGGAAACCCCCCCUCAGAACCCAACGGCUCCCCGGCUCUCUACUCUGACCGUCGCCAGUCUCCAUAUCUGAAGCGGGCUGAGCUGGGUGGCGGUGGAACCCAGCGCCGUCCGUCCUCCGAGUCCCAGCCCCCGUCACCCCGCUACGCCUAUGAGCCCCCGCUGUAUGAGGAGCCUCCAUCAGACUAUAAGCCCCCCCCGAUCUACGAAGAGCCUCCUACUGAUAUGAACCUAUCAGACUCGUCUUCCCUCUACGGUCCAAACAAGUCGCCGUCCAGGAAGUCCCCGGGCCCCUUCUAUCAUUCCCCCAAGCAGAGCCAGUCGUCCUAUGGACAGCUGGUUCUGACCCGGCAGAAAUGUCCAGAAAAAACCCAGAGUCUGGAGUACAGUCCUGUAGGGAAGGAGUACGUGAAGCAGCUGGUAUAUGUGGAGCAGUCCUCCUCCAGUCCGCGCUUCAAGACCACUGACCGCCUGCAGCGUUACGGCAGCAACGGAGGCUUCGGGGGUCCAUAUGGGGGGUCCUAUACCCUACAGCAUAGUCAGUCUCUCAUUAGAGAUCCCCGCCAAGUCCUGGACUACCGCGGCGAUGGGGGGGAGGGAGGCCAGAGGUUUGUGUAUGAAGACUCGUUGUCAUGGACCUCCUCUUCCUCUACAGCCGGGUCGGCCGCUUUCUCUCCCACUGGAAACCGCAAACGUAAGAGCCGCAAACCAUCCCUCCCGCAGGAGUUGGGGCGCUGCGGGAAGGAGGAGCUGCCGGGGACAGGCUCAGAGGUGAUGCUGGCCCAGGCCCGGCUGGCCUGGGAGGCCCAGCAGAUGAUGAGGCAGAGGAGCAGCUGGGACUCGGGUCAGGGAGGAGGGGUCACCCAAGGUGGCGGCUCCAAAGACGGAUAUGAAAGCGAUGGAGCGGUGCCGCUGCCCCUGCCCGGGCCGGUGGUCAGAGCAUUCAGUGAGGACGAGGCCCUGGCCCAGAGCGACUGCCACCACUGGAAACGGAGCACCUUUGACCGUCUGGGCUUCCCUCAGGCCCUGCUGGAGAAGAGCCUCUCUGUUCAGACCAACCUGGCCUCCCCUGAGCCGUACCUGCACCCCUCACAGUCGGAGGACCUCGGAGCCUGUGCCCAGUUUGAAGCCAGUCGAAAUGCGAGGAACAUGAUGCCAAGUGCCAGCUGCGGCAUUUUCACAGAGUUCAGCCUGAGAAAGCCGUCAUCAGAGACUGACAUCGAGAACUGGGCAUCCAAGCACUUCAAUAAACACACACAGGGUUUGUUCAGGAGGAAAGUUUCCAUCGCCAACAUGCUGGCUUGGAGCAGCGAGCCCAUCAAGAAGCCAAUGAUUGUGACCACAGACCGCGCCGUGAAGAAGGAGGCUGUGGACAUCUUCAAACUCAUUCAGACCUUUAUGGGAGACCGUCGCUCCAAAGCGGACCCCCUGGCUCUGGCUCUGGAGGUGGUGGUCCGGGGGUGGAGUAACCAAGGUCUGCGUGAUGAGCUCUACAUCCAGCUGUGCCGUCAAACUACAGAGAACUUCAGAUACGAUAGCCUAGAGCGUGGGUGGGAGCUAAUGGCCAUCUGCCUAGCCUUCUUCCCCCCAACUCCCCGUUUCCAUGCCUACCUGGAGGGAUACAUCUACAGACACAUGGACCCGCUUAAUGACACCAAGGGAGUCGCCAUCAGCUGCUACGCUAAAUAUUGCUACAGGAAACUGAUGAAAGCUGCACUGACUGGAGCCAAGAAGGGCCUACAGAAGCCCUCCCUGGAGGAAAUCCAGCACGCCAGAAAUGCCAUUUUUAGUCCCUCUAUGUUCGGCUCUUCGUUAGAGGAGGUGAUGGCGCUACAGAAGGAGCGAUAUCCAGACCGCCAGCUGCCCUGGGUCCAGACCCGGCUCUCUGAGGAGGUUCUGGGUCUAAACGGAGACCAAACCGAAGGCAUUUUCAGACUUCUGUUCUGCUUUCAGGUGUUUGCCCAACCUGCCAACGUCUCCAUUACCAAGAUGGACGUCAACAACCUGGCCAUGGUCAUGGCCCCCAACUGCCUGCGCUGCCAGUCAGACGAUCCCAGGGUGAUCUUUGAGAACACCCGCAAGGAGAUGUCCUUCAUCCGGGUGCUCAUCCAACGGCUGGACACCAGCUUCAUGGACGGGAUCUUAUAGCCCCCCCCCAGGCCUUUAACCUGCUCCAUCACCCCCCCCCCACACACACACAGCGCAGGACUCCAUCAUUAACUGUUGCUGCCGAGGAUUCAUGUUUACUUUGUGAGGACAGAAACGGCCUUGGUUCUAACGUGGCUGCUUUGUUUGUGUUUCUGUUGGUGCGGCUGUGAUGUCACCUACAGAAACUCUAACCUUAGACUGGAGAUGUGGGAACAUGGCGGUGCUGGGAGUGCCUUCACAUCCCAUGUAACCACAGUCAGCUGCAGGAACCUCCUCCAUGGUUCAGAGGGGCGGGCGGCCAAACCAGUCCAUCCCACUGAGGAGCAGCAGGGCGCCACCUGCUGCUCCUCAGUGGGAUGGAUCAACCAGUGAAGCAGGAAGUGAACAUGGCCUCAUGCCUGUCCUGGACACGGACCACAGCGUGGAGGCGGUUCUAAAGGAGGUUCGGUUGGACGUCUGGGCUCUGGAUGCUCCUGUUGGGGGCAGCUUCAGGUGUUUGAGUUAAAUCCCUUUAAACGGGUUGAAAUGAUCCAUGAUCUCAUCCUCGUAACGUUUCUAGAGCUUUCUGAACCAGAACCUCAUUCUAUCUCAGCAGCUUCUAGUUUGGUCCCGAUUCUUUCAUCUCCAUGGCCUGCAGGCCGCUGUUCUGUCAGACCAGCAUAACCAUAGUCACUACGCAUCCCCAACACGUCAGACC